AAGAUAAAAAUUACUAAGGGAUGCUUCUAUCCAUUUUAUUUCUACCAUCAAGCUUUUUCUUGAAGCUCUCAAGCUAUUCCCUGAAGCUCUCAACUUUGUUUCCAGUUAUAUCAAUUUCUACCCUCAAAAUGUUGCAUCUCAUGGAUAAGUUUGAACACCUGAAGAUAGAAUUUGAAGCUAUAAAAUUAGCAACCGACAACUUUGCUGAUGAAAAUUGCAUCGGUAGAGGUGGAUUUGGCAAAGUAUACAAGGGAGAGCUCGUUCAUUCCAAAGGGAAGAUAGUUGUUGCUUUAAAGCGAUUAGAUCCAAAAUUUGGACAAGGAAAGCCCGAGUUUUGGAAAGAGAUCAUUAUGCUUUCUCUAUACAAGCACGAGAAUAUUGUUUCUCUGUUAGGAUUUUGUGACGAGAGUAACGAGAAGAUUCUUGUGUAUGAAUAUGCAUCUAGGAAGUCUUGACUCAUAUCUCAAUAACGACGAUCUAACUUGGAUUCGGCGACUUACUAUCUGCAUUGGAGUGGCACGUGGACUAGCAUUCCUUCAUAAUCCUGGUGGAACCCAACAAAGAGUGUUACAUCGUGAUAUUAAGAGUUCUAACAUCCUACUAGAUGAGAACUGGAAUGCUAAGAUCUGAGAUCUAGGUCUCUCCAAAUUUGGCCCUGCCAAUCAAAAAUACACAUUUCUUGUCACCCAUGCCGUAGGCACUUUUGGGUAUUGUGAUCCACUAUACAUUGAAACAGGGUUAUUAACUAAAGAAUCAGAUGUUUAUUCUUUUGGGGUAGUGUUAUUUGAAGUAUUGUGAGGGAGGUUGUGUAUGACUAACAAUAAUGGCAUUCAUCAGUCUUUAACAGGUUUGGUGCGAGAGUACUAUUCACAAAACAAAAUAAGUGAUCUUAUAUGUGGUAAUAUAAAAGAAGGAAUGAAUCCAAAAUCAUUGGAUACAUUUGUCACAAUAGCUUAUCGAUGUAUUAAGAGAGACUUGGAAGACCGUCCAUUGAUGGCCGACGUCUUGAGCAAACUUGAAAGUGCAUUAGAAUAUCAACAAGGAGCUCGUUCACAAUCUAUCAUCACUAAGCAACCACAUAGCCAUCCAAGCACUGCUGAUUCCGAUACAUGGUUCAAACGAAUAUGGGCAAAGUUUGGGCUGGAUUCAUCUGGUUCGACACAAAACCAAGAACAGUCAAGUAGCCAUGAUGAAGGUAACACAACCCAGGAGAAAAGCGGCGAAAGCAGAGGUCAUAAAUUGUUCAAACGAAAUAAGGAAAAGUCUGAUGAAAUGCAGUCAAACUCUGUGGCUAAUAGUGUAAACCCCUCCAAUUCAGGUUAUCAGACCAAAGAGGCCACAUCAAAGGGUAAGCAGGAUGUAGUUGUCCAGCCUAUUAUUGUCCCUGCUCUUCAGGUGGACGAGUUGAAGGAAAUCACUUAUGACUUUUGUUCAGUGUCAUUCAUUGAGGAGGGAAUGUAUGGAAGAGUGUAUUAUGGUGUCUUAAAAAGUGGGCAGGUUGCAGCUAUUAAAAAGUUUGACUACUCUACAAAGCAACCAGACCACGACUUUUUAGCUCAGAUUUCUAUGGUAUCAAGGCUUAAACACGAAAAUGUGGUCGAGCUACUUGGAUAUUGUGUAGAUAGUGAUUGGACUGUACUUGCUUAUGAGUUUGCUUCAAUUGGCUCUCUGUACGAUAUUCUUCAUGGACGAAAAGAUUAUAUAGGUGCACGACCAGGUCCUGCUCUAUCAUGGUCCCAAAGAGUUAAAAUUGCUGUUGGGGCUGCAAAAGGGCUUGAAUACUUGCAUGAGAAGACACAACCUCCAAUUAUUCAUGCAGAUAUGAAGUCCAGUAAUGUUCUUCUUUUUGAAGACUAUGUGGCUAAGAUUAGAGAUAUUGAUUUAACACGAAAAACCCCAGACAUGGCAGCAUGUCUUCAUUCUGUCAGUUCUCAUGAUACCUUAAUUUGGUUAUCAUGCACCUGA